UGCAAAGCUGAAGGCUUCCAGUGUCUUGUUACUGCAGGACGGUGAAACAUCACGGUUAAGUGGCUAAUUACAGUGCUGUGUUGAGUGUUCUUAGUAUAAACUUGGUAUUACUUGCGCUUUAUUCGUACAAAAUGAAGGUUGAGUUGGUGUCUCGUGGGAGAUUACCCCCAGAUUCGGAAACGAAGAUUGUCCCACAGGGAGGCGAGGAGUCGAUCCUUGCAGUGAGCCCCCGUUCAGUGACACUUCUGGAAAAGGAUCAGCGUGUAGUACGACUUACUCGAAAAAUGGCUUUUCUCACAAGAGCGACACUCCUCACCGCAUCAGAAACGGGUAAUUAUGUCGCGGGGGUUACGGAAAAUGGACAGCUGUUUCGACUUCGGGAGCUUCAUCAAGCCCAAUGGAUUGAUUCCCCCGGCCUCGAAAAAAAUAAAGUGGACCAGCUCGCCGUCGACGCAAAAGGAAAUCUUCUUGUAAGCUGUGGAGAACUAACAGUAUAUAAAUUCAGCGCACAAACCCUUUCUUGGGAAGCGUUCGCGUGUCCCUUUGUGGCUUCAGUAGCGGCCACGAUUCGUUUCGGGGGCUGCGCCGUUUCCAACGAGAGCGACGUACAUGCGACGUUCGCUUGGCUCCUCGAUGAUAACCGACUCAUCGUCUGCAACAUAGGAUACAAAUACCUUGACAAGAAUCAGUGGCACCUUCGUGACCCGUCACAAUCACUGUUUUCGUGCUCGUCAUCGCUUUCGCCUUCGCCCGACCUUUCGUGCUUGUUGAUGACAUCCCCGUCGUCGGUUCACCUGAUUCACAAUUCGGCCGCCUUACCUCACUUCCGGCGAGACUUCACCGAAGAAGCCGUCGUCAACGCGACCUGGUGUCGAAACUCGGAACUAAUAUUAAUUUUAUCGCCGGGAGGCAAGCUGGCCAUUCUCGCUAAGUUCAUGAACAGUCUAUUUGGUUUCGAACAAACUGGGAACGAGCAUGGGGUUCCGGACAGCUGGAUGCAUGUUAUAAGCGUAGAAGUGGGUGAACCAGUCGAACUACGACCGCUCUUGGGCACAACGACAGACUCGAUCCUCGUGUGCGGUCAGGACGUUUUAUCGAUCUCCGUGGAAACCUCACGUCACACGCGAUAUCUAAGCCGACUUCUCAGUGCACGACCACUUUGUAUAUCAGUGCUUAGCGAGUUAUGCCUUCAUCUGGCGUCUAUCAGGUUACUACGGAAGGAACAUGUCAUUCUCCUUGCAAUUGUCCGAAGGAACCUGAGCAGGGGCCUUGCGCUGACCAAACCUGAUCAACUCGAGGAGAUCAGCCGUGUUUUAUGUAACGUGUUAGAAUGGGCAGUCCAGCUGGAGUCAAUGCCAGUUGUGAAAUUGAUGGUAUUCGGAUUACGUCGCUUUAUGAAAGCUGAUAAGCGUAAGAAAUACCGUGAUCAGAUGUUGGAUCGAUACAAGAUCGCACUUCGGACGUUUGAACAAGGCGGUGGUACGCUGCAUACCCGACUGGAGCGAUCGAAAUCCCGAGGGGCACCGCCAAGACGUCGGAGAGCAAGCAGCAUCACGGAGUGUUUCUAUAAUGGUGAUACGCCCGGUGCAAUGAAUUGUCUUCUGCAAAAUCCUGAAAUAUCUUCGCAAUCCAAAGAAUUCCUCCGACGUCUUUUGGAAACAAAACAGGAAACCCGGGCUUUUGAAGCUCUUAUGAUUGUCCUCGAAUCUCAAGGGACUCAACUGUUUAAGACUCUGCCGAAGUCGUCGAAGGUUCGGCACUUACUGAGGAUGUUUGCGUCUAAAGUGAAACAACCUUCAGUCGCAUUGGAGCUGUUAUUCUUAUCAGGUUUUUGGCGUGACGCGCUAAAAUUGAGCGAAAACUUGAGUCUUCCACUGCUCGAAGCGCUUUUCGCGGUUAGCCUCAACGAGACUAGACGCGCCGCUGGAGGCCUACGUGACCUAAUCCUGUUACGUUUACACGAGACUGAUGGUGAAAUUUGCGAUGCGGUCGCGGUGCCUGUGUCAAACUUGCUUCGGCUUCAUCCGACUGCGGCCGAUGAACUCUUUAUCGACGGCCUCGAUCUUCUGCUCAACGAGUUUCUUCAAGAAUCCUCGCGGAGUUCGUUCGACGCACCUCAUACGACACUUUUGAUGGUUGAGGUAUUCGCCGAGAUUCCGGGUCAGCCGUCACGAUUGCAGCUGAUAUGUCGGUCAAUCCAACUGCUGUUGCUCUGUAGCGAAGCCAGUGGCCAUUUACUGGACCAGCUGGCUCUUUCACUUCAUCACGCUGACGACUCGGGUGGACCUCGGGAAGUUGCCUUGUUGAGAUGUUUCGUUAACAUGCUAUUCUGCUAUCAACUACGAAGUCGACUUUUUCAGGCAACAGAUGAUUCUGAAUCAGUACGUCUUGCUCAGCAACUCUAUCUAAACCGCUUCGUACCACCUCACUGGCUGCCAUACGUGGCGCAGAUUGUUUACAUACCGAGUCUAUCCGAAGAGGAAGUGCACCGUGAGGCCUUAAGCGAUUUCUACAACAGUUUCUGUCAGGACGUGUGUAGCACGCGGACCAAAUUACGCCAACCAACCGCGGAGAAAUCAAAUGUUCGCAUUAGUCCGAUGAGCUAUUUCGAGCGGAUGUUUGCGGCUGUUCGGAAAGCCAGCAAAACUUACGCAGUGCGCAUGUCUCGCCUGAUGCUUGUGGAUGAGAAGGAACUGGAUGCCACACUGGACAGCCUGAACCUACAGCAGGCUCGGCUGAAAAGUGGGGCAAAACUUAAUCUGUGUGUACUCUCCGAUCUUCUUGGGGAUCUCCACAUGAUGUCAAGUCGUGCAUUUCUCUGCGGCGUGCUAUUGUACCUCGACAAAUCACAGGCGAAACAAGUUCGCUUUAAUCCCAUCGUAGACGUAGCUGUAGAUGACUCUGAUGAGUACGAUUCAAGUGAUGCUGAUGAAAAACUUCAGCCAGCACCGGAAAGUAAGCUACUUAAAUCGUUCUCAACAACCGACGCGUCCGUUCAAGCCGACGAAGAUGCGCCAGCGAAGAAGCUUACCAGCAAGCUUGAUAGCGCAUUGAAGAGUCUCGAGCGAAUUUCCAAGCUGCAGAAACAAAUGACGGGAGAUCGCAGAAGUAACUUUAACGAGGAACUAGACGACAGAUGCGUCAACGACGAUCUGUUCCAUCUUAGGGAGCAUAUUGAAAAUAUUGAGCUCAAAGAUAUGCCAGUGACUUCGAGGCAUUGCAGAUUUUCCUGGAAUCAGGUACCCGGUGAAGGAAAAUUUGAGGAGUCGAUGCGACGGAUUCGUGAAUUAACUUCACGAAGUAUCCAGCGAUAUCAAGUGUCGACAAGAAAUCUCCGCUCAUCGUUGAGAGGCAGGCGGAUUCUACGGCAGGCGUCAACCCUGUCCAAUCUCCGGGUUAAAGUGCGACCCACAAACAAUGGCGUUCAUACCACAAUGGUAAUUGACAGGCGGAACAAACAGCAACAACAGGCUCAACAGCAGCGGACCAUUCAGUAGAUUACAAUCCGAUGAUUUAUAAAUAGUGGGCUCUAAAAGAAAUAGAGGCCCAGUUAACCUUUGGUGAUAGACUGUUUUACAGAUUUUUUUGUUGAAAUUCGUCUAAGUUCCCAAUACAGGGCGAUGGCAGCCGUUGCAUUUACUCAAUUCGAUAUAAAACCUAUAACUACAGGCACAAUGUAGAUCUAAUGUAAGCUUUAUACAUAGAAAGUUCGUACAACCUAUUUAAAGAUAUUUUGACAUUGUACAACCUAUUUUAUUUAACUAACGCGUUCCAAGUAUACUUGCUACAAACCGUAAGUAUUCUCUACAACUGUAAACAGGUGCUCAACUUAGGAUAAUAUAUGAUAUUUUGUGGGAAAACCAAGCAUCAAUGCAAACGUCUACCAUGUACACUAGUGAAUAUAUUGUAAAUACAAUGGAUUUGCCAUAUAAAGGAUCGGAGUACCACUGUGGACUAAGAACUUUGUGCGAACAAAGGAAUGGCGUCGUAUGAAAUUGUACAGUCAAAGUAUAAAGACAGUCAGGAUUGGCAAGACUCCUAAUUCUAUUGUUUCCAUUUCUUAUAUUUACUAGUUCGAUUAAGGGUUAAUUACAUCU